AUGACAGGGGUGGGGUCUAUCCGUGAGGUGACAGGCUAUGUGCUCGUGGCUCUGAACCAGUUUGACUACCUGCCACUGGAGAACCUGAGGAUCAUCAGAGGAACUAAGAUGUAUGAAGAUCGCUACGCUCUGGCGAUCUUCCUCAACUACCGCAGAGAUGGGAACUUUGGCCUGCGCCAGCUGGGACUGAAGAACCUCACAGAGAUCCUACAGGGCGGUGUGUAUGUCGACCAGAAUAAGUUCCUGUGCCACGCAGACACCAUCCACUGGCAAGACAUCGUCAAGAACGCCCGCGUCAGCCCUCUGGUUGUGCCCACCAAUAGCAGUGUUACAUGUCAGAAGUGUCACGUCUCCUGUAAUGGUCGCUGCUGGGGCCCAAAGGAGGACCAGUGUCAGACCUUGACUAAAACAGUGUGCGCUGAGCAGUGUGACGGUCGCUGUUUCGGACCCUGGGUCAGUAACUGCUGCCAUCGCGAGUGUGCAGGAGGAUGCUCCGGACCCAAGGAUACGGACUGCUUCGCUUGCACCAACUUCAACGACAGCGGAGCAUGUGUGACCCAGUGCCCCCAGCCACAUGUAUACAACCCCACCACCUUCCAGCUGGAAAGCAACCCCAGAGCCAAGUACACCUACGGAGCCUUCUGCGUCAAGAAGUGCCCACAUAACUUUGUGGUGGACCACAGCUCCUGUGUGAGGGCUUGUCCCAGCAACAAGAUGGAAGUAGAAAAUGACCGCAUCAAGAUGUGCAUCGCCUGCACUGAUAUCUGUCCAAAAGCCUGUGAUGGUAUAGGUACAGCCAGUCUGCAGUCAGCCCAGACUGUGGACUCCAGCAACAUAGACAAGUUCACCAACUGUACCAAGAUCAAUGGAAACCUGGUCUUCCUCAUCACUGGCAUUAAAGGCUGUUGA